AUGCAGACCAGGGCAGAGGGUAAGAGAAGCUGUCAUAGCACUUUCCUCCCUGAUGGCAACGAAGAUAUUAGGCCUGAAGCACUGAAGCUAGUUACUUCAUUUAAACAUCAGAACUGGGAUGGGGGGGCGGGCAGGGUUCACAAUGAUCAUGACCAGCAAGAUCAGAGUAUCAGAGUACAGUUAAUGGGAUUUGACUCAUGGAGAGGUAUGGAGACAGCUCAUUCCAGACCUAGGAUUACUGCUCUGACAUAUUCUGGGAGAAUGAGUAUCCUGGAAUUAGCAUACAAAGGCAAAGUAAAGCACUGGCUCAGAAGCAAUACUCUGAAGAUGGGGUGCAUUCUCCCAGAGCACAUGCUGUACACUGAAUUAGAAAGUUGUAUGGGAUGCUUUCCUGGUGGCUCAGACGGAAAAGUAUCCGCCUGCAGUGUGGGAGACCAGGGUUCAAUUCCUGGGUUGGAAUGA